AUGUCAGAUCCAGUUAAACCAGGUGCUACCGAAGCAAAUAUGAGAAUAGACCCAAAGGAUACUUUCUUUGCCAAGAUUGUUAAUGGUACAAUUCCAGUUCAAAAAGUUUACGAAGAUGACUAUUGUAUUGCAUUUGAUGAUAUUGCCCCAGUUGCCCCAGUUCAUACACUUGUUAUUCCAAAAUUGCCAGUUGGUGGUGUUGGUGAUGUUGCUCAUGUUGAUUUAGCAAAAUACAAAGAACAUAUGGGUCAUAUUAUGGCUACUAUUCCACAUAUUGCCUCAUUAAAAGGUAUUGACUCGUAUAGAUUAGUUAUUAAUGAAGGUGCCCAUGCUGGUCAAUCAGUUAGAUGGUUACAUGUUCACAUCAUUGGUGGAAAAUCUUUAGGCUGGCCUCCAUAUAGCAAUUGA